UGUAGUACGAGAGCUCAGGGGAUCUCAAAGCAGUCUCAGAAGCUGUUUUUUGUGGAGUUCUCAUGUUCAUGGGUAUACAUGCAUGUUCCCUCAAUCGCUUGGGGUGUUCUCCUGGCUCAACACACUCAUCACCUGCAUGGAUCUGGUCUUCGACAUCGGUUCAAUCAUUCUGUCUCCAUACCAAUUUAGUUGUUGUGUUCUCCAGAGGCGGGCAGCAGGGCUCCAGCCGGACAUGCAAGCAGGUCUGAGCAAACGAACCGAAAGAGGAAAGGAUCACAAAGAUCCGAACACGACCAGGGAAAGCGAAUAGGUGGGUGAAGACCUGGAUAACGGCGACAAAGCAAACGAUGGUGCUCUCAGACAAGACAGAGAAAAUGCUGAAUGACAUCAGCAAUGCCAUGAUGGACAAAGGAGCCAUCACAUCUGUUGGUAAGGCCUGUGUGGCCUUUGUUGGAGCGAAUGUGGUUUACCGCGUCUCACGAAACCUAAAGAGAGAUGCCCACGGUGGCACUUUCACUGAUUUUUUUGCGGGUGGCUUCAAUAUCUUGUCCAACAAGGAAUCUAUCUUGUCCCGCGACAAGGUCAAGGACACUGUCGACAGCUAUGAGAGUUUGUUUGAUGGAGUCCACAAGGAAACUGGCAAAAGCAACAGUGAUGACAGUAUCAAGAAGCGAGAAAAAGAGUACAAGACCAUGGUGGACAGCUACUACAACUUGGUCACCGACUUUUACGAGAUGGGCUGGGGACAGUCUUUCCACUUUGCUCCUCGGGUCAAGGGCGAAACCUUAGUUGAAUCCAUCAAGCGUUGCGAGUACUAUUUAGCCCUCCGGGCUGGAAUGGGCCCAAAAACCAAGGCCAUUGACGUUGGCUGUGGUGUUGGAGGACCCAUGCGCAACAUCCAGCAGUUCACCGGAUCUGAUAUCACUGGUGUGACCAUCAAUGAGUAUCAGGUCAAGGUUGGCAAUGAAUAUUGCCAACAAAAAGGAAUUGAUGACAAGUGCCGUUUGGUGCAAGGAGAUUUCCAGAAGCUGAAUGAAAUCUUUGAGCCAGACACCUAUGAUGUUGCAUUUGCCAUUGAGGCCACUUGCCACAGUCCCGACCGUGUCCAGUGCUUUUCUGGCGUCAACAAGGCCUUGAAGAAGGGUGGUAUUUUCGUUGGCUAUGAAUGGAUUGUGCUGCCAGAAGGUGGAUUUGACAAAAAUAACAAAAGGCACAUCAAAAUCAAGGAAGGUAUCGAAGUUGGAAGUGGAUUGCCUACCCUUGCCACCUCUGCAGAUAUUGUCAAGGCACUUGAAGACUCUGGAUUUGAGGUCCUCGAACACUUUGAUGCCAACAAGGGUGUUCACAGACCCAAUCAAAUUCCCUGGUAUGAUACUUUGAAUGGCACCUAUACAAUCAAGGGCUUCCGGUCGACUCGCUUGGGACGACUUUGCACCCACAUUAUGGUCAGUACACUUGAAUUCCUAUGGAUUGCUCCCAAAGGAACAACCCAGGUCAGCACUCUUUUGAGUGCCAAUGCCCUUGAUCUUGUGGAGGGAGGCAAGGAUGAGAUCUUUACACCUUCCUAUUUCUUCAUGGCGCGGAAGAAGUAAGACAUCCAAGCAUGCAGGAGAAACAGGUGGCAAGAAUUCUUGGUUUUCGUUUCCUUUUUCCCUUUGCCUUGUGACUUGGUAGCAAUCUACUCAGACAGGAGGUUGCCCAGGGUUUCAGCUCACAAGAGAGAAUCACUUGAGUUUAGCAAUACUAAAAUAGCAACAAACAUCU